AAGAGGGGAGGCGAGCAUGGGAGGAGAAGGCUCGUGGCGUCGAGCGGAGGGCGCCCUCAACCGCGCCGUCGCCCAUAGCACCAUCGGCAGAUACUUCAAGCUCGAAGCUCGCAAGAGCUCGUUCACCAAAGAGCUCCGCGCCGGUGCCGCCACCUUCCUCACCAUGGUCUACAUCAUCUCCGUCAACGCCGCAAUCCUGACCGACUCCGGCGGGCCGUGCACGGUUCAAGACUGCACGCCGCCGGCUGGUCCCGGGUGCAAGGUUGACGCGAACCCGGGCUACCAGAGCUGCCUGUCGAGGACGAAGAACGACCUAGUCAUCGCCACGGCCGUCGCGGCCAUGGUCGGCAGCUUCGCCAUGGGCUCCUUCGCCAACCUGCCGCUGGCUUUAGCCCCCGGCAUGGGCGCCAACGCUUACUUCGCCUACAACAUGGUAGGGUUCCACGGAUCCGGCCGCCUUCCGUACGAGACGGCCCUCGCUGCCGUCAUGCUCGAGGGCUGCCUGUUCCUUGCGUUGUCGGUGCUCGGCCUCCGUUCCAAGCUAGCCCGCCUGAUCCCGCGCUCCGUCCGCCUCGCGUCGGCCGCGGGCAUCGGCCUCUUCCUCGCCUUCACCGGUCUGCAAGCGCGCGAGGGCGUCGGCCUCGUCGGGCCGAGCUCGUCGACGUUGGUCACGCUCGCGGCGUGCGCCGAGACGGACGCGGCCACCGGGGAGUGCCUCAGCGGCACCAUGCACAGCCCCACGUUCUGGCUCGGUGCGGUGGGCUUCCUCAUCAUGGCGGCCUGCCUGUCGUGGGACGUCAAGGGCAGCAUGAUCUAUGGUGUCGUGUUCGUGACGUUGGUGUCUUGGAUCAGAGGCACCAGCGUCACGGUCUUCCCCGACACACCGCCGGGGAACUUGAGCUACGACUACUUCAAGAAGGUGGUGGACUUCCACAUCAUCAAGAGCACGGCCGGGAGGAUCAGCUUCAGCGGCUUCAACAGGAGCGAGGUGUGGGUGGCCGUCAUCACGCUCCUCUACGUCGACGUCCUCGACACGACCGGAUCGAUGUACUCGAUGGCGGAGUACGGGGGGUUCACCGACGACACCGGCGGCUUCGAGGGGGAGUACCGCGCGUUCAUCGUGGACGCCAGCGCCACCAUCGUGGGGUCGGCUCUGGGCACCACGACGGUCACCACGUACCUCGAGUCGACCGCGGGGCUGAGGGAGGGCGGCCGCACCGGGCUCACGGCCAUCACCGUCGCGUUUUUGUUCCUGGUAUCCCUGUUCUUCGCGCCCCUCUUCACGAACGUGCCGCCGUGGGCGGUCGGGCCGUCGCUGGUGCUGGUGGGGGCGAUGAUGAUGAAGAUGGUGAAGGAGAUCGAGUGGUCGGAGACCAAGGAGGCGGUGCCGGCGUUCCUCACCAUGAUUCUGAUGCCACUGACCUACUCCAUAGCGUACGGGAUCAUCGCCGGGAUGGGGACAUACGUCGCGCUGCAUGCGUCCGACUACGUGAUGGGGGUUUACAGGUGGGCGACGAAGACGAGGAGGACGAUGGAUACCACACAGGACCAUCAAGCACCUUCCGAGACCGCAGAGGAUGCAGCCACAGCCGUUUGACUUGUCCUUCUUGUCAUGUAUCGAAAUCAAUGAUAAAUCUGCAUCAAAAUAGGUCAGAGUCGAUAGCAAGUCAGCAACAGAUGCAUCUUUCAUGGCAGAAGUUGCGACAGAAAUAAUUAACAUGAUUCAUUUAUGAUGUC